AUGGCAGAAGCGCUCUAUACCAGCAAACGGAUAUUCCUGAACAGUGCAACCCCAGUGACUCCCGGGGAUCCGUGUGAGGUGUUCUCCGGCGGCCUGCUUAUCUCGACUAUCGAUGGACGCGUAACGCGCGUGCUCGACUCCUGGGGAGCGGUUGAAGCGUACUUACUAGAGAGCAAGCGGCAGGAGUUGGAAACAGGCACACGUUUAGAGCGUUAUGAUUUCGGCGAUCUGUUGAUGAUGCCGGGACUCGUCGAUACGCAUGUGCACAUCAAUGAGCCGGGACGAACGGAGUGGGAGGGCUUCCGGACAGCGACCAAGGCGGCGGCGGCCGGUGGCUUUACUACCGUCGCCGAUAUGCCGCUCAACUCCAUCCCUCCGACGACGACCGUUGCAAACCUGCGCACUAAGCUAGCAGCCGCUCGCGGCCAGCUAUACGUCGACGUGGCCUUUUGGGGCGGGAUCGUUCCGACCAAUGUGGACGACGACGGUGGCAAGGCAAGCGAGCUGCACCAGCUCGUAGCCGCUGGAGUGAUCGGCUUCAAAUGUUUUCUUUGCCCGAGCGGUGUCGACGAGUUCCCGCACGUUAGCGAGGAGCAGGUGCACCGAGCCGCCCAGUUGCUUGAGGGUACCGGAGCGGUGCUGGCGCUCUCUCUCUCUCUCUCUCUCUCUCUCUCUCUCUCUCUCUCUCUCUUGUUCUUUUAUUUUUUUCUUUCUCUCUAUUUCGAAGGACAGUGCCAUGCGGAAAUGGAGUGUACAGAGCGACAAAUACCGGCAGCGGAAACCCGGUCACCUAGUGGUGAACCGGAAACACGGUCAUCGAGGCAAAUAGACGACCCCGCCAACUACCAUACAUUCCUGGCAACGCGGCCGGAACUGAUGGAGCAGCAGGCGAUCGAGUUGGUAGGGCAAGUGGCACAGGAUUACAAGAUUCGGGCCCAUAUCGUGCACCUGUCGGCAGCCAGUGCAUUACCAGUGAUACGCAGAGCUCGUGCCAACGGGGCCAAUCUGACUGUGGAAACGUGCCAUCACUAUCUGGCGCUGUCGGCCGAGGACGUACCCGAUUCGGGAACCGAGUACAAGUGUUGCCCGCCAAUUCGGGACAGCAGCAAUCAGCAGCGGCUGUGGCGGGCGGUUUGCGACCGCGACAUCAAUCUAAUCGUGUCAGAUCAUUCUCCCAGCCCGCCUACUCUUAAGCUGCAGCUGGCCGAGGACGACCAGCGGCGAGGCAACUUCCUGGAGGCCUGGGGUGGCAUCGCAUCGGUGCAGUUCGGUUUGCCCCUCUUCUGGACGCACUGCCACCGGUACGGGUUAGGGUUGGCCGAUAUGGUCCGACUGCUUGGCAUGGAGCCAGCUUACCUGUGCGGCAUGAGCCUGCGCAAAGGCCGCCUCGAUCCCGGCUACGACGGCGAUCUGUGCGUCUGGGACCCAGACGGUCUGUUUACUGUGACCGAGGAGUUGAUCGAGUUCCAGCACAAACGGACCACACCGUACCUCAACCGGGAGCUGCGCGGUAUCGUGCAUGCUACCUUCCUCCGCGGCACACCAGUUUAUCGGCGCGAUGCGGAUCCGGACCGACGCUUUGCCGGUCCUCCGCUGGGUAAUAUUCUGCUACGCGAUCCGGCCGAAACACAGCAGCAGCAGCAGCAGACCUGCGGCGAUCGGAUGAAUAAGGGCAGCCGUGCAGGAUUACCGCCCUCCCUGUAUCCAGGGCCUCGUGGGUGAGCAGAGAGAAGAGGGCAAAGACCUGUAGUAGGUC